AACAGAGCUUAGUUCAUCCACUGAGAUACAGGCUGCUGGGCUGUUCUGGGAGGGCUCAGUGCGCAGAAAUAUGACCUCUCAGAAACUGAGCCUUGCAGGAGCAGAGAGAAAAAAUGACUGUUUUCUUUUGGCUUUCCCAUAUGGAGAAGGAGCGGAGAGUGCAGCAUCAGGAGAAGGAGAUUUCCAGAAGCCGGAUUCCCAGGCUGAUUCUUCGGCCCCAUCUGCCUCAGCAGCCGCAGAGCAAGGUUUCCCCAGCCUCUGAGUCUCCCUUUUCGGAGGAAGAAAGCAGAGAGUUCAACCCCAGCAGCUCUGGACGCUCAGCCAGGACGAUUAGCAGCAACAGUCUCUGCUCAGAUGACACAGGUUGUCCCAGUAGCCAGUCGGUAUCCCCUGUGAAGACUCCCUCAGACACAGGGCACAGUCCCGUUGGCUUUUGCCCUGGGAGCGAUGAAGAUUUUACCAGGAAGAAAUGCAGGAUUGGAAUGGUUGGUGAGGGAAAUGUCCAGUCAGCUCGUUAUAAAAAAGACUCAAAGGGAGGUGUUGUGAAGCCAGGCAGUGAAGCAGAUUUUAGCUCCUCGAGCAGCACAGGCAGCAUCUCGGCUCCCGAGGUCCACAUGUCCACAACAGGAAACAAGCGAGCCUCUUUCUCACGCAACCGAGGUUCCCAUGGGCGGAGCAAUGGAGCAUCAUCCCACAAGUCUGGCAACAGCCCACCAUCCCCAAGGGAAAAGGACCUUGUGUCUAUGCUGUGCAGGACCCCACUGAGCCCCAGUAACGUCCACCCUACCUAUGCCCCUUCCUCUCCAAGUAGCAGCAACUCUGGCUCUUACAAAGGCAGUGACUGCAGCCCAGUCAUGAGGAGGUCUGGAAGAUACAUGUCUUGUGGAGAAAAUCACGGUGUCAAGCCCCCAAACCCAGAACAGUACUUGACCCCUCUGCAGCAGAAGGAGGUCACAGUGAGGCACCUGAGGACAAAGCUGAAGGAGUCCGAACGCCGACUUCACGAGAGGGAAUCUGAAAUCAUGGAGCUCAAGUCUCAGCUGGCUCGAAUGAGGGAAGACUGGAUUGAAGAGGAGUGCCACAGAGUAGAGGCUCAGCUGGCACUCAAGGAAGCCAGAAAAGAGAUUAAACAGCUCAAACAGGUGAUUGAGACCAUGAGGAGCAGCCUGGCUGACAAAGAUAAAGGUAUUCAGAAAUACUUUGUGGACAUAAACAUCCAAAACAAGAAGCUGGAGUCCCUGCUUCAGAGCAUGGAGAUGGCACACAAUAGUUCCCUAAGGGACGAACUGUGUCUCGACUUCCCCUGUGAGUCCCCAGAGAAGAGUUUACCCCUGAGCACCACGUUUGACAAGAUGGCAGAUGGGUUAUCUCUGGAAGAACAGGUAACAGAGGAAGGUGCCGACAGUGAGCUUCUGGUGGGAGACAGCAUGGCCGAGGGCACAGAUUUGUUAGAUGAGAUGGUGACCACCACCACCACAGAGUAUGGCGACCUGGAGUUUGUUCAUUCCACGCCAAGGCCACCGGCCCUCAAGGCUCUCCCCUUGGUGAGCCAGGAAGAGGGCAGAGUGGUGGUGGAGCAAGCGGUGCAGACCGACGUGGUACCGUUCAGCCCUGGCAUCUCGGAGCUCAUUCAGAGCGUGCUAAAGCUGCAGGACUCCUGGGCCACAAGCUCGGUGUCCCCAGAUGAAUCUGGAGCUGACUCAAUGGGAAGCUUCUCAGAAUCCAUCUCUGCCUUAAUGCUUGAUUUAACUCCAACAAGUCCCAACUCAGCCAUCCUCCUGUCUCCUGUGGAGAUUCCAUUCAGCAAGGCAGCUAUGGAAGCCCGUGCAAAUCGCCUCAUGAAAGAGCUAGAUUUUGCAGCCUGUACAGAAGAACGGCUGGACAACAUCCUCUCGCUGCCUCAGGGUGGUGUUGUGAGGCAGUACUGGAGCAGCAGUUUCUUGGUGGAUCUUCUGGCCGUGGCUGCCCCUGUGGUGCCCACUGUCCUGUGGGCGUUCAGUACUCAGAGGGGGGGUACAGAUCCUGUCUACAACAUCGGAGCCUUGCUCCGGGGCUGCUGUGUGGUGGCCCUACACUCACUACGCCGCACAGCUUUCCACAUGAAAACCUAGUUAGUUAUUACUGUGUGCCAAUGUGUCCAUGUAAGCAACACCAGACGGAUCAGUGGAAUUCGC